CCCUCCCAUUCAAGUUGAGCCUGGAGCUGUCACACGCUCUGUGGUGCUGAUCUGAGGCGGCCGGUAGGAGAUGCCUGCACUUGUCGUGCCUCUACUAUGAGAAGCAGGCACUAAAGCAUCCUCAAGUCUGGAGUAUGAGCCAGCCCGGCAGCUCUCUGCUCCAAGCAGGGGAUAUUCGUAGAUCCCACCAUGGACACCAGCUGCCCCACGAGCCUGAUCCAAGCUUUAGGAGGCCUCUGUGUUAUCCCAUGGACAGAGAGAUGGGUGUAAGCAGGAUGCGUGUGUCCCCCCGGCAACUUGAGUGCUCCCCACUAUCAGGAACACCGGGAAGAUCUACGCAAGAAGAUGGUGGAAGGAGAUCUAGGCAUCCGGGUUAUCCCCAUUAUCCUCAUAACCCCACCAGUCAUCACCGGCAUAUUCCCAGUCAUCACCACUACCCUUCCAACAGUCAGCAGUGCAGCAGCCCUCCAUAUGAUCACCCCAGUCACAUACAACAUCACCCUAAUUUUCAAAGUCAUUACCCACAGCCCCCCAUUCAUCAACAUCAUGAAAUUCAGACUGCCCCUAUCCAUGAACCCUGCUCAAGACCACUCCAUUCUAGCCCCAGGCAACAAAACCCUAGCUCCAGACAUCCAGCUCACCAUACCAGAGAGUACCCAGUAAGCCCAAGGGAGCAAACCCCCAGCCCUAGGCAACUUCCACACAGCCCUAAGGAGCUACAAGAAGGUGCUGAUGAACAGAAAGUAAAGAGAAAAGAGAACGUUAAGAGUUCAGAUGGAGUCUCUAAUCAGUCAUCCAAGCCCAGCAACAAUGAGCCAGAGGCUGAAACAGAACCACUGUUUGUGGAGUUGCACCCCAUUCUCAGCUCUGUGUUUGGUCAGGACAGAGAGCUACGCCCAGAAGAAAUAGAAGAGCUCAAAGAAGCCUUUAAGGAGUUUGACAAAGAUAAAGAUGGCUACAUCAGCUGCAAGGACUUGGGGGACUGUAUGAGGACCAUGGGAUACAUGCCAACUGAAAUGGAACUAAUAGAACUGUCUCAGCAAAUUAAUAUGAACCUUGGGGGUCAUGUGGAUUUUGAUGACUUUGUCGAGCUGAUGGGCCCAAAACUUCUUGCUGAGACAGCCGAUAUGAUUGGAGUAAAGGAGCUUCGAGAUGCCUUUAAAGAGUUUGACACUAAUGGCGACGGAGAGAUCAGUAUGAGUGAAUUGCGUGAGGCUAUGAAAAAGCUCCUGGGGCAGCAGGUUGGGCACAGGGAUAUUGAAGAUAUUAUUCGGGACGUUGACCUGAAUGGAGACGGACAAGUGGAUUUUGAAGAAUUUGUUCGAAUGAUGUCUCGCUGAGCUUGGAGCUCAAGACACACUGCAUGAUGACCCCAAGGGGAAGUGCCCAUGUCACCUACAAUACCUUAUCCUGGAGGCACUGUUCUCUGCCACCCAGUUCCUGCCAUCAAGUCCUCUUGUGAAUCCUUCUGCCUUAAUAAAGGCUUUGCCAUCCCAUAAAUACAAAUCUUAUUCCAAGCAUGGGUCCUGUAUAUACACUUAUCUGCCCUGGAAAUAUAUAUUCCUAAUCCUUGGCAGGUAGAAGGAUUAUAAAUUCUUAUGCAAAGAGAAGACUGCGUGCAUGAGCCUUCCCUCAGUGUGUGACUUAACGUGACUUAACUCCUAAAGGAUUUGUGCAAUAAUAGAAUAGAUGCAGCUUCCUAUAUUCCCUAACAAAUGAAUAAAUAAUUGUCAUUUAAACCAUUAUCUGAUGGACCUGCAUUAUAAAGCAAAAGUGGGCAUAUAUGUAGCACAGGGCCAAAUGUGUGUAUUCUGCGGUUACAGAUAAACUGGUUGUAUAUUUAUAUUUCAGUUGUGGCCGGUGCUAAUAAUGAGCUGACAGUUACAGCAGUAAAAGGCUGAUUGUGGUGCUGGCCAAGAAUGCACUGAGCAUCCUCAGUUUUGGCAAUAAGUGGUCCAAGGAGCAUAUUUAAUACUACUUUUCACUGCCUGAAAAAUGAAUAAAUUUUAUUUGAACUAAA